CUUUAAUUAACUUUAAAUUCUCCCAACAUACAUAAAGUACACAGCUGAUUACUUCGAAAUUUCUUAUUAUCCUUUUGACCAGGAAUUUGAUCGUCUCUAACGUUCAUUUUGCGGCACCCUAUAUCUAAGGUCCAUUUGUAUAUUAGAUUGCUCAUAUUUCUAUAUAUUCAUAACAUUUCCAACCAAAUUAUCACAAGAUUUCUAAGUCCAGAAAAAUAACCUCAUUUCAAAUAGUCAUAUAUUAUCGUAACUAAGAAUACAAUACUUUGAGCUAGGAUGGCAAUACAAAUCUUAGGAAUACUCCAAACCUUUCCCACCAUCUUUGUCAUUUGGACAGCCUUUGCUAGAACGUGCAUAUCUCACCCAUUGGACGCUCUAAGCCCCGAAGAAAUCAACCAAACUAGUGUCAUCGUCCUCGGGUUACACCCUAGCGCGACAUUUCAUUAUGUUGAUCUUGAAGAACCGGAGAAAAACGACGUGAUCGACUUGUUAUCAUCAUCCUCCCAGCCCAAAUCUUUGCCCUACAGAAAAGCCCGGGCCGUGGUCCGGGCGAAUAACGAGACUCGCGAAAUUGUUGUGGACUUGAUCGCGGGCUCCAUCGUCUCAAAUGAAGUGCAUGGCGGCCAUGGGUUUCCACCGUUCACUGCAGAUGAAGUCGUUAGCGCCAGUAGGCUGACCUUGACUUAUCCCAAGUUUCAAGAAUCGAUCACGCAAAGGGGAUUGAAUAUAUCACAAGUCACAUGCAUUCCUGUCACAACAGGUUGGUAUGGAGAGAAUGGAGGUAGAAGAGUUCUGAAGAGUUCUUGUUAUUCACGGGAGGGAACCACAAAUUACUGGACCAGGCCAAUCGCGGGGAUAACGGCGUUAGUAGACGUUGAAUCCAUGACGGUGGUCAACUACACAGACAGCGGAAUGUCAAAA